AUGACUACUUUAUAUGGUGACUCAAAUUCGAAUUUGUAUUCAAAUGUUUCAACUAGUGCAAGCUUUACAACCCAAAGUUCCACUGUUUCAACUGUCUCAACUUCUUCUCAUAUGCCACUUCGACUGAGCAAAAAACUCCUUAACCAAGCCAGAGAUCGCUUGCUUGCGCUUCAAGAAAAAUUGGAAGUGGAUGAGGAUACAAAGCCAAUAAUUAUCGCUGAAAAUGUGUCUCUUGGAGACUACAUCAAGUAUCGCAAAACUGACCGAAAACUCCCUGUCAGAAUUCGCUUGGUUGACGGGAAAAUUCUAGCUUAUGAAGUACCUCUUACAUCCCAUGGAGCCGUAGUAGGCAGAAUUUCAAAAAUGGUAGUUGUCUGGAAUAAUCAAUUAGAUUGUGCAUAUGAAGAAGAUCUUAUUGUAGGACUGAACAGUUACUAUACAGCUGACCUUACCAUUCGACCACAAGGACUUCCUAGAGCUCCAGCUGGACAGGAACCCAACUCAGACGGAAAUGCAUAUCCAACAAUGGUUGUCGAGGUUGGCAACAGUGAACCAGUCCCUAGCUUACAUGAUCUUUCAGCGGGUUACUUUUCUCCACGAACGACCAUUCAAAUUUACCUUGCAAUCAAACUGUUUCCCAUUCGUCAGAACGGUACAAGGGCAAUGCUUGCGCUGCGCUACUUACGUACAAAUCACAACAAUACAGUGCCGGACAUCAUCAUAUCUUUUGGUACCGCGUCUCCCCACUCUAGUACAAUAGAAUUUCUUACAAAUGUAGUUGGUGUUCCACCUGCUAACAUAACUGGUGUUGGGUUUUCAGCAACUGCGUGCAACACCCCUGGUCUUCCGGAUUAUCGAUUGCAUAUUCCCGUCAUUGAACUUUUUAAUGGCGCCUCUGGCGGUGUCCCUGGGGCAUUUAAUGGGUUAUAUUUGGAUUUAUGGGAAUUGCAAAAUAUAGUAUUGACGUUAACCCGUUAA